GCAACGCAAUUAAGCAAAGUGUGUCUUGCCUUCUGGGGCUAAGGUUAGGUUAUCAGGACUUAUUUAUCAAUAUCUUCCUACCGUAUUCAAUUAGUAAUAUUAAAGUGUAGGCCUUCACAAAAAAUUACACCAUGGCUAUGGCUUAUCAAAUGGGCAAUUCACCGGUAGCACACACUGAUUAUCUUGGACCUAAGAAAGCUCAAGGAUUUAGUCCCUAUGAUGACAAUGGAGGCACCUCUGUGGCGAUCGCUGGGCCAGACUUUUGUGUUGUGGCUUCUGACUCUCGACUGGGCACCGGCUACUCUAUUUACACUCGGGAUCAGUCCAAACUGUUCCGUCUCACUGACCAGACCGUGCUCGCCUCCUCGGGCUGUUGGUGCGACACACUCUCUCUCACUCGCCUCCUUGAGGCCAGACUGACUAUGUACUACCACGAGCACAACAAGCAGAUGUCGUCGCCAGCCGUGGCUCAGAUGCUGUCCACUAUGAUGUACAAUAAGCGGUUCUUCCCGUACUACGUGAGCAACAUCAUAGCGGGCCUGGACACGGAAGGCAAGGGCGCCGUCUACAGCUACGACCCCAUUGGACACUAUGCCAGAUCUGCGUACAGAGCCGUGGGCAACUCCGGACACUUGCUGCAGUCUCUGCUUGACAACCAGCUGGGAUUCCACAACAUGGAGGGUGUAACGGCGACCCCUCCUACCGUGGAGAAGGCUGUCAAUCUGGUUAAGGAUGCAUUCAUCUCCGCAGCUGAGAGAGAGAUUGGCACCGGAGAUGCAGUUAUUAUCAAUGUCAUCACUAAGGAUGGUAUCAAGGUGGAAUCUUUCCCUCUCCGCAAGGACUAAAUUGUAUUGAGCUUUUUUGCAGGUUUUGUCUUUUUUCAAUAAAUUGUUUGAUUUAUA